AGAAGGCAGUUUGGUGGAGCUGUGGAUCAUCGAAGAGGGAUCAACUUCCUGACCACACCCUUGCCCACGUCAGGGUCAGACACCCACUGCUGCCUAUAUCCAUAAGGAGUCACCACCCUCCUCCACCAUCGUGAGAUCCAGGGAGGGUCCUGUAGACCUGGUGCAGGCUCCGUACACGUCCUGACACGCACCGCGGUAGACCGAGGCCGUGGUCUGAACGGAAGGGAUGCUCGCCGGGGCUUGACGUCGUGGGCAUAUCCAAGGGUGGGCAGGGGUCUCUUGCAGCGGAGAGGAGCAGGAGGGGGCCUUAGAGCUUGCUGAGUGCUGGGCACUCUCUCCUUCCCCUGAAGACGCAAAGCAGAAUACUCUUCCAACCCACACUCCACUCCACCCCUCAAAGCCACACAGGUGCCAGUGGUCUGACAGCGCUUGGGCCUGACCUGGCUCAUGUGUGCUGAGAGCUGGCCCCUGUGGCCUCCCCUGCAAAGUGCCUCUGUGUUUCAGGCCACACAGAGGCUCUCUCCUAGGGACGAUGGCCGCCCUUCACACUACUCCAGACUCCCCAGCUACUCAGCCAGAACCUGCAGAAGAUGGGUCAGAAUGUGAUGCUGACCCUGAGGAGGAGGAGGAGGAGGAGGAGAAGGGGAGAGAGGAGGCAGAGGUGGAAGAAGUAGCAGUGGCCACCCAGGUACAGGAGGUGGAGGCCAACUCAGAGCACAGUGCUGAUGCUGACAGUGUGGAGGAGUUGCUGGCAGAGGAGCAGAGUCUACACGUGGGGACCCAGGGGCAGCUUAGCAAUGGUGGUGAUGUCAAGUCACCAGUUCUUCAAGGAAAAGCCCUGCAGGCCUCCCGGGCCUCUCCUACGGUUCAGAAUGAAGAUCCGGAGGAAGAGGAGGAAGAGGAAGAUGAUGAGCAUUUUCUGACUCAGGGGCUGGUGACUUUUGAAGAUGUGGCCGUGUACUUCUCUGUGGAGGAGUGGGAGAGGCUAGAUGUGGAGCAGCGGGACCUCUACCGGGAAGUGAUGCAGGAGAACUAUGGGAUCCUGGUCUCCUUGGGAUACCCAAUCCCUAAGCCAGAUCUGAUCUUCCACUUGGAACAAGGAGAAGAACCUUGGGUCCCAGACAGCCCCCAUCCUGAGGAAGGAGACAUUGUCACCGGCGUCUACACGGGAGCCUGGUUCUGGAAUGAUGACAUAGAGGACCAUGAGGAGGAAGAUGACGAGGACUUCCUUGCUGAGAUGGCGGAGGAGGAGAACGAGCCCCCAGGGCUGUGGUCUGCUGCCUAUGGUGUGGGGGAUGUGCCUGGGACUUGGGGUCCCGACGAUUCAGAUUUGGCGCAGACUCCAGAUGGUUGGGGACCCAACCCAGUCAGCCUCGGGAUCCUGGCCGAGGAGGUUGAAGCUAAACAUUUCCUGUCCGGCCGGGGGCCUGGGGAGAACUUCCUGGCGCCCUGGGCAUUUCCUGCAGUAGCUGUCCCCAUCGGACGUCCGGAGACCACAUGCGAUGUGUGCGGCAAAGUGUUCCCCCACCGUUCGCGCCUGGCCAAGCACCAGCGUUACCAUGCGGCCGUCAAGCCGUUCGGCUGCGAGGAGUGUGGCAAGGGCUUUGUGUACCGUUCGCACCUAGCCAUCCACCAGCGCACUCACACCGGCGAAAAGCCCUUCCCGUGCCCGGACUGUGGCAAGCGCUUUGUCUACAAGUCGCACUUGGUCACGCACAGGCGCAUCCACACGGGCGAGCGGCCCUACCGCUGCGCCUUCUGCGGCGCGGGCUUCGGACGGCGCUCCUACCUGGUAACCCACCAGCGCACGCACACGGGCGAGAGGCCCUACCCGUGCCUGCACUGCGGCCGGAGCUUCAGCCAGAGCUCAGCGCUCGCCCGCCACCAGGCUGUGCACACCGCCGACCGUCCUCACUGCUGCCCGGACUGCGGCCAGGCCUUCCGCCUGCGCGCUGACUUCCAGAGACACCGGCGCGGUGGCUGCACGGAACCCAGCGGCGGCGAUGGCGUGGGGAUGGCUCCCCACGAGCUGGAGAUGGCAGUCGCAGCUGUAGCCACAGCAGAGCCAGAGGAAAUGGAGCCCAGGCCCCAGGAGACCGAAGAGUCCGGGACUGGUGUGGCAGAUGGAGACGCCGAGGCUGAAGCCAGAGAGGACGAGGUGGUGGUAGCUGCAGCGGCAGAGGCGACUGUCUCCGACAGCAAGAAGGACCUUGAGCCAGACAGGCGGUUCCGUGAGAUGGGUAAUGGCCUGAGCGGGGGCGAAGGGCCUUCCUCGCACCCGCUUGGUUUCCAUUUUCCCAUGCACCCCAAGUCUUGGCUGCAUCCGGACGGUUUCCCCCUACUGGGGUUCCCCGAGUUCUCCGAACGGCU